AUGAAGUACACCAUCGUCCUCGCCGCCGUCGCCUCCCUCGUCGCUGCACAGGACCUGGGCACCAUCCCGUCGUGUGCCGUCCCCUGCUUGACGGACGCCUUCAUCAAGAACGGCUGUGGUGCCACCGAUAUCAAGUGUGCUUGCGGCAACUUCAGCAAGAUCAAGGCCGAUGCCGCUGGCUGCAUCAUUGGCAAGUGCGGUAUCAGCGAUGCCAUCAACAAGGUUCUGCCAGCUGCCGAGGCACUCUGCAAGGGCAACUGA